AUGUGUGCGGGGCCGAACGAGCGACUGCAUAAAUCUGGUAGCGGAUCUAUCUUUAACGGUUACUUGCACGCGGGCGAGGCCUUUUCUUGCUUGGGGAAAGAUGAGGAUGUUGCGAGAAUUCUUCUGACAGUGUUUGAAGUCAAUAUUGAAAGUCUACAGCAGACCGAAACAUCCAAACCUCAGCAGAAUCCCGCUCUCACUCCCGCUGAAGCUUUUCCUCUCAUCCUCAGCUAUCUCCCACUCACCACCCUUAUCCGUGGCACCACGGUCUCUCGCACUUGGCCCGCCCUCCUACGCAGGAGUGAGAGCCGUGUCUGGGCCGCACUCGAUUUCAGCGCCUACCCCGACUCUGUCUCUGACGCUGUGUUACGACCAAUUGCACGAAUGUUACAAACUCCGCCUAUACGUGCCAGGAGACGAAUGCUUGCCACACUGGACGUCACCAGAUGUACUUGGAUCACGCCGUCUCUGGAUAUGGACAUCUUGGAGGCUACUGGACAAUCUUCGACUGCUGUUGAUUUGACCGACCACGCGCGUCAACGACCUAACCGCUGGCCGGAAGCUCAGGCGUCACCGACGAAGAGGAUCUGCGAGAACUUUGGAGAGAACUUCGUGCCCUUGGCUUUGAAGACUCUGGACCUGAGGAGCUGUGAGGUGACGGACACGGCGGUGGGAUUGGUGGCGGGGCGAUGGUGGUGGCAUCAUUCACAAAUAUUGCCCGGAGGCCUCCUACAAAGGUGGGGAAUGAGGUGGGGUGGGGUAUGGCGGGACAUGGUGGCAAAUACUACCUCUACUAUGUCUUCGUACUCUGUUCUCCCAAUUCGCACUCCGGUGGGUCCCGCCGACGGUGAGGCCGAGCGUGACGGGAACAUCAACCUCGGAAAAUUGAGAAUCUCCGCCCAGGGCCUUAAGCUCUCCAAGUUGAGUCUGCAAGCUACACCAUCUGCUAUCGAUCUGUGGAGGGCUUUGGUAUACAAUGCGAUUGAUGUACAUCUGCGAAGUCGGAUUUGUCGGACGCGCGCGGGCGGACGCGCGCAACGCGGGUUACUUGUUCCCGUUUGUCAUGUUUGGAAUACUUCGAUCGUCGGCGCCAUUCACCUGCGGAGAAACGGGUUCCAAGACACAGAUGGAAAUCUCCUUGUGAGGGUCCUAUACAUUCCUCAAACCGAGCGGUCCUACAUUCGACGCUGCUCUCCGGUGAUGAGGUUCUCCUUCCAUCAAGAUUUUUCAGAUAACUCGCGUCACGGUAGCGCGUCCGAAAGUCUGAUGGUGAAUGCGAUCGACGCCAAAUGUCACCGAACGGUCUCGCGUACGCUUCCAUAUGAUGCCGUGCAUGUCAUUCCCCGUCCGCAACCAACAGCCUGUGCGGCGCCUAUCAUCUUUGCCGAGCCCUUCCAUCCCCGAGCAAGUCCGUAUCCAGAACAAUCGGCGUCGGCGCUGAACCAUCCUUCGGCUGCGGCGGUGGCGGAUGAUGGGAGUCCCGGUGGUGAACGUGAUUACCUGGACGCGAAAUCUACUCUGUCCGAUCGUUUCCUGAUCACAAAGUGGUGGAGGAGCUCCGAUGGUCGGGAUUUCUCGCGCCCAAAAUUGACGGCUCGCCAACGUCGAAUCGCUGUCCACGAAAGGGCCAAUAUAUAUAUAUAUAUAUACGCGACGUUAGGGGUUGCGGUAUGGGCAGAAAACUCGGGAUGCGUUGAGGGGUGCUGGCUUAUCCAGAACGGUGGCGAGCUGAGGUUAGAUUUGGAAAGUCGGGGUUGUGGAAGCGGACUGGACAUGCAGCGUGAUUUGGGGAAGCUGCUCGUCUUGACGGAGCCGUUGAGAAGCCGGGAGACACAACCACUCAACUACGAGGUGAAGCCUGAACAUCAAGAUUCAAGGCACCUCCGACUCGACCUUCUUGAUAACACGGCGCGCCAAAAGAGACCAGAGGCAAGUUGA